AUGACCAGAUUUAAUGAAUAUAACAGUUUAUUUUUUGUCAUAAAUCUGUUCAUGUUGUGUUCAGCUGUGAGGUCUGAUCUUAAUGCAGAUUUCUAUAAGCAGACAUGUCCAGAUCUUCUCAAAAUCGUCAGGAAAGAAGUGAAAGAUGCUCUAAAGAUUGAAAUGCGAAUGGCGGCUUCCUUGCUUCGGCUUCACUUUGUCGAUUGCUUUGUGAAUGGCUGUGAUGCAUCAAUUCUGUUGGAUGGAAGCAACAGUGAGAAAUUUGCUACUCUCAAUUUGAACUCUGUUAGAGGAUUUGAAGUGGUGGAUGCAGUCAAAAGUGCUGUGGAGAGUGCAUGCAGUGGAGUUGUAUCCUGUGCUGAUAUAUUAGCCCUAAUUGCCCGGGAUUCUGUUCUCUUGAGUGGAGGACCAACAUGGAAGGUUUUAUUGGGAAGAAGGGAUGGACUGGUGCCAAACCAGAGAGGAGCAAAUCUUGCUAUUCCUUCUCAAUAUGACACACUGGACACAAUAAUUUCAAAAUUUGCCAAUGUAGGUCUCAAUGUCACAGAUGUGGUCUCCUUGUCAGGUGCUCAUACAAUUGGACAAGCAAGGUGUGCCACUUUCAGCAAGAGACUCUGGAACUUCUUCAAAACAGGAGGUCCAGACAGCACAAUGGAAAAAGAUAUGCUAUCUGAUCUGCGACAUGUAUGUCUCGUGAAUGGCGAUGGCAACGAAACCACAGCUCUUGAUCGAAAUUCGAAUGAUCUCUUUGACAACCAUUACUACCAGAACUUGCUCGACGGGAAGGGCCUUCUUCAUUCUGACCAAAUUUUGUUUAAUGGUGGUGACGAUGAGACCAAAAGUGUUGUUGAAAACUACAGAAGAAAGCCUAAACUUUUCUUUGAUGACUUUAUUAAGUCAAUGAUCAAGAUGGGAAAUAUUGGCCCAGUGACUGGAUCAAGUGGACAGAUUCGAAAGAAUUGCAGAGUGAUCAAUUGA